UCCUCCUUUAGCUCGAUGGCGUCCGUUCUCGAGCGGGCAUGUUUGUUUAGAAACACACGAGUGCACGCGCCCUUCGUCGUCAUCUUACUGCACCUCGUUCUGUGUCUGACACUCGCUCAUCUCAAUAUGGCAAGCAGGAGCGUUUUGCCCACCAAAGCGCAAUCUCUGAAAGGCAGGGAGGAGAAAAUGGUCGUGGCAGCAAAGCACGCUGUCAACGGGAACCCCACUGUGGAGCCAUUUCCUGAUGGCAUGGAGAUGAUCAUGUUUGGUAUGGGCUGUUUUUGGGGAGCCGAGAGGCGUUUUUGGAAGAUCCCUGGUGUGUUUUCUACACAGGUGGGCUAUGCAGGGGGAUACACAUCUAACCCCAGGUAUCAAGAGGUGUGUUCAGGUUUAACAGGACACACAGAGGUAGUCCGAUUGGUUUUCUCUCCUAAAGAUGUCAGCUUAGAGAAACUUCUCAAAGUCUUCUGGGAAAGCCACAACCCCACUCAAGGCAUGGCACAGGGAAAUGACCAUGGCACACAGUACCGUUCUGCCAUCUACACAUACAGCCCAGAACAGCAGGAGCUGGUGAUGAGGAGCAGGAGCAUAUACCAAGAGGCCCUGACUCGGAAAGGUCUUGGUGAGAUUACCACAGAGAUCCGGCAGCUCAGAGAUUUUUACUAUGCUGAGGAUAAUCAUCAGCAGUACCUGCACAAGGUGCCUAAAGGUUACUGUGGGUUGAAGGGGACAGGGGUCACCUGCUCUUUUGGAGGACAGAAAGAUGAACUCUAACUUAGCACAUGUGGACAUAACUGUCUGUGUUUUAUAAUUCAGGUGCGUUUGUGUGAUGUCGAAUCUCAAGAUCGAGAGAAAAAAUAUUUUCUCUUCAUUAAAUAGAAAUGUCUCAAAUGUGCUAUGUGUAAUUUUGACAGAAAUGUAAUAUAAUAUACAUUGCUGUGUCUUCAGAGGUGUAUAAAGACCUUACAUAAUGAA